AUGACCAUGUCCAAUCAACCAAUCUUCUCUGGGAGACCAGGUGAAGACGUCGAUCUUUACAUUGACCAAUGCCGGUAUAUGUGGGCCGGUAUGCAGAUGGACGCCGAAGAGAAGAAAGAGGCCAUAGCAACGACCUUGUUUGUCGGCUUACGCGACGCCGCCUUAAGAUUCGGACGAACCCUCCCUAAAGCAAAGAUGUUGCUGUGGCCUACCAAGAAGCAGAAACAUGAAGAGGAGAUCCGGCGCGAUGAGCGCGCCAGGAUCACUCGCGUGAUUGAGGAGAUGGGCCAUGAUGUCUCAGCAUUGCCAGAGAGGUUCCAGAGAGGGCUGGGGGUGCCAAAGCUGCGGUCAAAUUUAACACGCGCGCAGAAGCUCCGUGUUGAAGAGCUGGAUGGUAAGUGGGCCGCAGCAAAGCAGGAGCGGGAGGCGGCGCACCAGAGGCGCAAAGAGGCCAAAGCAGCGUGGGAGGAGGCGGAGAGGGCAUGGGUCGAGGCGGAAAAGCGGGUAAAGGCAGUGUCUGCUGAAAAGCUGCGGUCAAAUUUAACACGCGCGCAGAAGCUCCGUGUCGAACAGCUGGAUGGCGAGUGGGAAGCCGCGAAGCAGGAGCGGGAUGAGGCCAACCAGAAGCGCAAGGCAGUAAAGGAGGCACUAGAGUCUGCGCAGAAGGCCUUUGAUGAGGCGCACAAGGCCUGGCAGGACGCUGAUGAUGCCGUAAAGCUGCGACUGAAACCCACAAGGGCCCAGUGGCUCCAGGAAGAAACGAAGAUGCGCCAGACGGAGACCAAUAGGAAGGAGUACCUACAAGAGCUCCGAUCCCAACAUUGGGUAGUUUCAGAUCAGCCCGCUGGAGAGGAUGAGGCGCUUGGCCAGGCCCUCUGGAAGACGGAGUUGCUGCAGGACCUUGAGGAACUGAAAGUGAUAAAGGACCAGCAUCUGGAAAGAAAAAGAGAGCUGGAGGCGAAGAUCCAUGGCUUUCCAUAA